AUGGAGCUAUCUAGAAAGUUGUCAUUGAUAGACAGUAUGCAUAGAGAAGGAAUUAAUGCAAGAUAUCUUAGUAAGCUGAAAAAGUGCGAUGUGUUUGGAUUGGAUCCAAGAUUCACCACUAUCAUCAAUACAGAGAUCAUUGCAAGAAAGAUAAAGAAUCAACUGCGAGAACUCCAACGAAGAACCAUGUCGGGAAUACCAAAGUUGGAGGUAAUCGUCAAGUUUUUGAAUCGUGUUUUUAUUAUCUCAUUGUUACAGGCAAUCGAUUUGGAUGGAUUCUCGCUGGAACUACUGAUUUUCCGAUUGUCACAGAUGACAGGAAUCGAAUUUCGACCGGGAUUGGCUGCGCGAAUCAGUGAGCGUUCAGAGCUGAUGCAAGAGGACGACAUUGUUUUGAUUCAGCCAAAGGUUAAAUUCCUUCACAUGGUUCCUUAUCAGCAGGGUGUGGCGCUCUUCCACCAGGCCAUGGGAAUGAUCUAUCCCGCCGGCAUUACGAGUGCAGCCGAAAAGCAACAGAAUAUCACAUCGAACAGCCAGCAGAUUAUCAAUAUGCUAGAGCAGGCAGAGGAGCGAUUCGCCCAGGCAAUACAAUCGAAGCCCGACGACUUUGAAAUUCUGACGCACUGGGGAAUGUUGCUGAGUCUACGUGGUAAGUCAAAUUUCCCACAUUAUCAAACAACAUGGUUUAAAAAUAGAAAAAUUAUGUCAGAAGAAAAAGUAAAAGCAAAUUACGAUAAUGAACCUUACAGGAAUGAGGAAUUCGUUGUAAAUUACAAAGAUCCUUUCAAUGCAGAGCCAAGACCAGAGAGAUUGAUUCAAUCUUUUAUUACACCUACAGAGCAUUUCUAUGUGAGAAAUCACGCACCUGUUCCCGAUAUCGACCCAGAUACCUACACACUAAAGAUCGAUGGUUUGGUGGAGAAUGCUCUACUGCUUACUCUAAACGAUUUAAAGACAAAAUUUGAAAAAGUAACAAUUACAGCACAAUUACAAUGUGCAGGAAAUAGAAGAACAAUGAUGAGUGACUAUAAAAAAGUAAAGGGUGUAGGUUGGGGAAUUGCGAGUUUGUCGAAUGGAACAUGGUCAGGUUGCAGACUACGCGAUGUUUUGUUGGCAGCCAAGAUAUUGCCAUUCGAAACCGGUGCAUAUCAUGCUUGUUUCUGGGGUUUGGAUUUCGGAUGUCCCGAAGACAAUGGUUUGCCUUACGGUAGCUCCAUCUCGGUGGAGAAGGCUAUGGAUAUCAACGGCGAUGUCUUGCUCGCCUAUGAGAUGAACGGCAAGACGCUGACGAGAGACCACGGAUUCCCAGUGCGUGUCAUUGCGCCCGGUAUCAUUGGUGCGCGUUCAGUCAAGUGGCUCGACAAGGUCACAGUCAGCAACGAAGAAUCCACCAGUUUCUUCCAGCGUAGAGAUUACAAGAUUUUCCAUUCGGGCAUCGAUUGGCACAACAUUGAGAAGUUCUGGGACAAGAAUCCAUCGCUCCAGGAGCUUUCCAUUCAAUCGGCGAUAUGUGUGCCAGCACCAAACUCCAGACUCUACCUGCCGUUCACCAUCUUUGGGUAUGCCACCUCUGGAGGUGGUAGAAAGAUCGAGAGAGUCGACAUCUCGCUGGAUGGCGGUGAGUCGUGGGACUACGCAGAGCUGAUGGGUGAGGAUAAAGGUCCAGUAAAUAAGUAUUGGGCUUGGACACUAUUUAAAUAUACAAUCAAAUCGAUAAAGGCAGACAAAGCAACUAACAUUAGAUUAAUGUGUAGAGCAUGGGAUUCUGCAAGUAAUACACAACCAAAGGAAGUUAAAGAUAUAUGGAAUUUGAGAGGUGUAAUGAAUAACAGUUGGCAUUAUGUUGAUGUUACAGUAGAUCCAAACACAGCUAAACUAUAA